AUGGCAUCACUCAACUCCACCAUGGUGUUUCCAAUCUUGGUACUAUUGGCAACAUUGAUGAUGGUGUUGACAACAGCACAGCCAGCAUGCCAACAUCCAAUAUAUUGUGUUGGUGAGGUGUUGCAUACGGUACAGUUGUCUCGUGUGUUUAAUGACUCAAAGACUUUCGUCGACAUGCCCAUGCGCUACCCAACCCAGAUCAUCCUGAACAACUUCAACCUGAUGGUCAACGCCUCACACGAUGGCCAGCCAUCCAACGCCGAGAUCAUGUCCUUCCUGGCCAACAACUUCUUGCCCGCCGGUUACGAGGUGCAGAGGAGCGUGCCGACCGACUGGCUGCCAGAGCCGCCAUUCGUCGAGCGCGUGCACAGUCCCGAGCUCCGCGAGUUUGGCCUGGCCGUGCACACAAUGUGGCUCAAUCUGUCGCGUCACUUUAAUCUCACGGGCCUGUGCGAGGAGUGCCAUUCGUCGAUCCCCGUGCCCAACCCAUUCAUCAUUGCUGGCUCUCGCUUCCAUGAGUACUACUACUGGGACAGCUUCUGGAUGAUCCAGGGACUGCUCGUGUCUGACAUGGCCUCGACUGCCCGCGGCAUGUUGCUCAACUUUGCAUCGCUCUUCCAACGCUUUGGCUUUGUGCCCAAUGGUGGACGUCUCUACUUCCUCGACCGAUCGCAGCCGCCCCUGCUCACACAGAUGGUCAGCGAGUACUACGCCGCCACCGAGGACAACGCACUUCUCGAGCAGCUGCUGCCAUUGCUGGACCAAGAGUACCAAUUCUGGAUGGUCAAUCAAUCAGUGCUGGUCAACUCCCUCGUCACACCAGGCAAGACUUACUUGCUCAACAUGUACAAUGUCACGACGUCGACACCUCGCCCUGAGUCAUACGCCGAGGACUAUACCAACGCCCAGACGCUCCCAUCAAUCGAGCGCCAAACGUUCUUCUACUCAUCGCUGGCUUCGGCCGCAGAGUCUGGCAUGGACUUCUCAUCAAAGUGGUUCGAACCUGGCAGCAUCAACCUUACGACGAUACAGACGAUCGAGAUUGUACCCGUCGACCUCAACACAAUGCUCUACGCCAAUGAGAAGAGGUUGGCCGAGUUCCAUCGCAUGGUGGGCAAUGUAUCGAUGCAGGCCUACUAUCUCAAUCAAGCGGCGAUCAGACUGAGCGCGCUGAUGGACGUGUUUUGGUGCGAGCAGGACUAUCAAUGGUACGACUUCCACCUGGACACGAUGAAGCAGAACCAGCAGUACUACAUCACCAAUUGGAUGCCCUUGUGGAGUGGCAUUCAAAACGACCUGCCCCAGUACUUCACCGAGCAGCUGGUCGACUCGCUCGUCAAGACCAUGUUCCCAAUGGCCAUGGAUUAUGUUGGCGGCAUGCCCACAUCGGCUGUGGCUUCGGGCCAGCAGUGGGACUUCCCCUACGCAUGGUCCCCACUCGAGUACUUCAUCUUUGAUGGUCUACAACAAACGAAUAGCACAUUGGCCAACUUCAUGUCGAUGGAUAUCAUUCAACGAUGGGUCACGACCAACUAUUGCGGCUGGAAGAAUACCCUUGUCAGCCAAGGUGGUAUGAUGUACGAGAAGUAUGAUGUUACCCAAGUUGGUGAGCCAGGUGGUGGUGGAGAAUAUGUAGUACAAGAUGGAUUUGGCUGGACGAACGGAGUUGCUCUCUAUCUUUUAAACAACUUUGGAGAGACAUUGAAAUUCCAAGACUGUAACUCGUUAUAA